GAACCCGUCCCUCGAGCUCGAGGAUAGUCACGCUCACAGCUCAGCCGCUGGAAGAGGCCGGCAGCCGUAAAACUACGCUGAGCCGGAAAUAUGGGUCGUAAAAAAAUUCGCUUCACGACACUGAAAGAUGAUUAUUCUGCAUAAGGAAAUCUACAAAGCACUAACAUGGGAAAGAAAAGAACAAAGGGAAAAAACAUACAAGUUGAUGAGUCUGAGGAUAUUUCAGAACCUAUAUGUAAGCAUAUCCGCAAGGGAUUGGAACAAGGCCAUUUGAAAAAGGCAUUGCUGAAUGUGGAAUGGAACAUUUGUCAGGACUGCAAGACAGACAAUAAGACACAAGAUAAAUCUGAAGAGGAAGCUGAUGAAAGCCCUUCAAUAUGGUUAUGUCUAAAAUGUGGCCAUAGGGGCUGUGGCAGAAAUUCUCAAGAGCAGCAUGCUUUAAAGCAUUAUACAACACCAAGAUCAGAACCCCAUUGUUUGGUUCUCAGUUUGGACAACUGGAGUGUGUGGUGCUACUUGUGUGAUAAUGAAGUCCCAUAUAAUAGUUCCAAUAGAUUGGGCCAACUCGUGGAUUAUGUUAGAAAACAAGCUCAAGUUGACACACCAAGUCCAGUGUCAAAAGGUGAUGAAAACAAAGAACUGGAAAAUAAAAAAGUAGAAAAAGAAAACCAAAAUGAGCAGGAGAAGGAAAAAAAGGAGAUCACAAUCAAAGAAGGCCAUUCUUCAAAUACUGGAACAGCAGUGACUGUGAAAGGACUUAGUAACUUGGGGAAUACAUGUUUCUUUAAUGCUGUUAUGCAGAAUUUAUCACAGACACCAGAUCUGAGAGAGCUGUUGAAGAAGGUUAAAAUGCCUGGAGCAACAGUUAACAUUGAGCCACCAGAAUUUUCAACAGAACCUCUGGUGAUAAAACUUGAGCAGCCUGGACCCCUUACAUUAGCUAUGUGCCAGUUCCUUUCAGAUAUGCAAGAGACAAAAAAGGGAACUGUCACUCCUAAAGAGCUCUUUGCUCAGGUUUGUAAAAAAGCAAUACGAUUUAAAGGUUAUCAGCAGCAAGACAGCCAGGAAUUGCUUCGUUAUUUACUUGAUGGGAUGAGAGCAGAAGAGAUCCAACGAGUAAGUGUUGGACUAUUUAAGACACUGACUGACUCUGACCAAAAAAAUGAAGAAGAGCUAAAAAAGAAAAUUAAAGAGUAUGAAAAAAAAAGGGCAAUACCAACUUUUGUGGACAGAAUCUUUGGUGGGGAAUUAACUAGUACAGUCAUGUGUGAGGAGUGCAGAACAGUGUCCUUGGUCCAUGAGUCUUUCCUUGAUUUGUCACUUCCUGUGUUAGAUGAUCAGAGUGUUAAAAAAAGUUCAUAUGAGAAAAAUGUUAAAAAAAAUAAGGAAAAGGAGGAUGAAGACGAUGAAGAGGAUAAAGACAAUGACAGUUAUAUGAAGGAAAGGGGUGAUAAUCCUGGUGCAAGUAAGCACCUGCAGAAGAAAGCAAAGAAGCAGGCCAAAAAACAAGCUAAGAACCAACGUCGGCAGCAAAAAAUUCAAGGAAAGGUGCUUCCGAUAACCAAUGUAUGUUCCGUAGAACUGUCUGAAGAAAAUGUGAAGGAAGAUAAAGAAACAAAGGGAGAAAUAACCUCUGAAGUCACUGACCUGAAAAAAAAAGAGGAUUCUUCCAAUGAAUGUGAAGAACUUUCCUUAAAUCAGAAAGAUUUAAAUGCUCAAAGGAAUAGUACAGAUGUAGAUAGUCUGCAUGAAAGUAUAGAAAAUCCAGAUAAAGAAUUUGAAGAUAAUGAAACCAGUAUGGAUGUUGCUAUGGAAGACUUCGUUUCUGCUGAGUAUAUUAGGGGCUUUGACAAUCCAUGUGUUAAAGAAGAUGAUCAUGGGGAAGAGGAGGAACUUGCUACAAAUUUAGAAGAAUUACACUUAGAUGCUGUUACUGAUUCUGAUAUGGAUAUCUUGGAUGACCAUCAUGUGACUGAGUUAAGAACAUAUGAGGUAGUGAAUGAGGAUCCAGAAACAGCCUUUUGUACUCUUGCAAACAGGGAAGAUCUAAACGUAGAAGAAAGUUCAAUCCUUCAUUGUUUAUAUCAGUUCACCCGAAAUGAGAAACUCAGUGACGUCAAUAAAUUGCUCUGUGAUGUAUGUACUCAAAGACAUUGUGGACCAAAGAUUAGUGGAAAAAGUGCGAAGAAGUUUGUUUACACUAAUGCCAAAAAGCAAAUGUUAAUUUCUCUUGCUCCUCCAAUUUUAACACUUCACUUAAAGAGAUUUCAACAGGCAGGAUUUAAUCUACGGAAAGUUAACAAACACAUAAAAUUUCCAGAGGUGAUAGACUUGGCUCCUUUCUGUGCAAUUAAAUGCAAGAAUGUUGCUGAAGGGAAUACAAGUGUAUUGUACUCUCUGUAUGGAGUGGUUGAACAUAGUGGAACAAUGAGAUCGGGACACUACACUGCUUAUGCCAAGAUGAGAACUAUGAGAAACUAUCUUUCUGAUCUUGUCUUCCGUGGAGAAAUUCCCCAAACUUUAGAAACUGAAUCAGCAGGACAGUGGUUUCACAUCAGUGACACCCAUGUGCAACCUGUGACUGUAUCUAAAGUGCUGAACUCACAAGCUUAUCUCCUGUUUUAUGAACGACUGCUAUAACUCUCCUGGGACCCAUUCCUCACACAAUACUGUAUGGUUUUUAAACAUCAAAAGUAAAGAAAUGUUAAAUCAGAGAAAAA